UACAUGAAUAAUAAUUCAUAUGGUAAGGGCACUCCUAAUAGGAUUUCAGAUAAAAAAAAUUCUACUGUAUAAUAACAACCUGAAAAAGUUUAGACAUCAUCUCUUACAAACUCAUAGAUGGUGAAAAAAGUAAGUUAUCAAUUUAUUUUAAGCAAUUUGAUUAAUUAUAAGUCCAAAAGGCAUAGUUAAAACCUUAAGAAUAAGAUAAAUAAUAAAUAGAAUAGGCUUUAGAUGAAUACAAAGAAAAGGUUUUUGAAGAAUUAAAGAAAAUCAAUUAAACACAAUAGUAAGAAUUAAUUAAGGAGAAUUAAGAAUUUAAAAAAAAAAUUGAAUAAUAAGAUAAGAAAAUGUAACAAAUUGAAUAAUUGAUAUAAUAAUAAAAUGAGAAAAUACAAUAGUAAGAAUUAAUUAAAGGUAAUUAAGAAAUUUUAAAAAAAAUGGAAUUAUAAGAUUUGAAAAUAUAACAAUAAGAUUAAAAGAUAUAAUAAUUAGAAGAGAAAAUAUAAUAGUAAGAAUUAAAAAUUGAAAGUCCGAUGCAAAAUUAAGGAAAUACUGAAAUCUAAGAGAAAAUAUAGAAUUUUAUUUCAAAAAAUGAAAUAGCUCAUGAAAUUUGGAGAACAACUGCAGAAAAAGUCUCAAAUGCAUAUGGAAUAAUUGAAAAAUAAUCUUAAGAUCUAGAUAUUUACAAGAAAUAAAUUGCAGAAAAAGUAAAUGAAUAUAACAUUAAUAUGACCUAAUUAGUAAAAGAUGAGCUUAAAACCCUUGAAUAAUAAUUAAAUUAGACUCAAUAGUAAACAGGUUAUAAUCUAGAAAAUUUAUCUAGAUAUGAAUAAAUAUUAAUUAAAUAUUGUGAAGAAAUUAAUAAAUGCUUGAAUAUUUAGGGUAUCCAAGUACCAAAUUAUAAUAAUAAUCAAUUUUAAUAAUUCAAUUAAUAAUAAUAACCAUAAUAUUCAUAAUAAUUGGAUUAAUAAUAAUAUUCAUAAUUAUAAUAAGAUUAAUAUUAAUAUUAAUAAUAAUAAUAUCAAUAAUCAUUGGAUUAAUAAUAAAAUUCAUAACCAAUUCAUUCAUAAAUUAACUUUAUCACUCCUCAAUAUUAAUAGUCAUCACCUAAUUAUAAUCAAAACACAUAAAAUGAUACAAAUUCAUAAAUACAAUUUGUGCCAAAUUAUUAGGACUCACAAGUAAAAUCAAAAAUUAGAUUAGUAUCUACAACUUAAGGUCCAACAAUACAAUGAAAGAAGAUUUUUUAAAAUAUAUAAUAAUCAUUAAAAAUUGAGCUUCUUCAAUUUCCUUAUAAUAUUUAUUAAUAAUUUUAUUUAAUAGAAUUUGGCUCUAAAAUGAUUCAAUAUUCUUAAUAGUAAAACUCUAAAAAAUAAGAUUAACAGCACAUCAAUAAAAGUUAGUUUGAUUAUAGUACUUUAAAAGAUCCUUAAAAGAAUAAAACUCAUAAAGAAUCAUCAAAGUAAAAUUUUUAAAGUAUUUUUGACAAUUUAAUUAUUCUAUUGAAAGAUCUUAAGUCUAAAUAAAUUAAAAUCUAAUAAUAUGUUUAAAAAGAAAUUAUAGCCAUGAAUGAAUAAUUAGAUAAUAUUUAAAAAUAAUUAUCUUUAGCAGUUUUAUAAUUUCAAAGAGAAUAAAAUCUAGAUAAUGCUACAGAGUCUCUUGUAAAUGUUUCAGCCUAAAAUUUUUUUAAUUAAUCAUUAUAUUCAAGAAUCAACAAUGAAAUAAUUCCAAAUAAAUAACAAUAAUUUGGCAAUCAUAUAAAUGAUUCAAAUUUCUCUAUAUAAUUGAAAAAAUAAAAUACUUCUGAUAUUCUAUAACAAAAAUACUUAUCUCAAAGUAAAUUAAUAUAAAAUUCAUACUCAUAAAGAUCAAAUGUUAACGUAGCAAUUCCUAUAAAUAAAACUAUAAAAAUUGCUGAAAUACCUAAUAACAAUAAUUUUUUUGAAUAAUCUAAUAAUAAGAAUAUAAGACCUUUUCAUUUAAAUGCUAAUUAUUAACUUAAUUCUAAAAAUAAAACAAACUAGAGUAAUAACAGUAGCAAAGCAGAAAAUCAAGAUAAUUCAAUUCUUUAAACUUAAUAUUCUGGUUAAAUGAUUUGCUAUUAUUGUACAAAAGUUGUUCAAUCUGAAUUUAUAGCAACUCCUUGUUAUCAUUAUUAUCAUGAUUAGUGUCUAAGAGAGUACUAUUAAUUUUAAUUAGAUAAUUAUAAUACCAAUAAUUAAUUAAUUUGUCAAUGUAAGAUUAAAUUGCCAUAAUAAUUUUUUUCAAAGAGUUUAUAAAUAGAUCUUAACAGCUUAUUAUAAAAAUAGGUUGAUUUAAUAAAAUAAAAAAAAAGAAAUCAGAUAGACUAUUGUGUAAAAUGUCAGUUUUUCUGGAUAAAAAGAAUUAAUGAUACUCGAACCAAAAAAUGUUGGAUGUGUGAUUAAAAUGGGGUUAUUCUCAUAUAAUCUAAUUGA